GCCCGUGACACUGAAUACAAACCGAUCAGAACAAAUUGUUGUUGUUGACGCGGGAGUUGACCAAUAAAACCGAACUUUGAGACGCGUGAACCAAUCACGUCUCACCAAAGGUUGAUAGGCGGGACAAUAGUGCAAUGAUUAUGCUGUCAUACAUGUUCCCGACACGAUCGUUUCCUGCACUGGUGCAUGGUGGUCGAACAGGAGGAAUUGUUGGAAAUUUUUCGGAGGCUCCAGCAUCAUCUUGGGUCUCCUGCACCCCUCCCAGCAGCAGCUGAAGCAUGCUCUUGGCCCAGAUAAACCGGGACUCCCAGGGAAUGUCAGAGUUUCAUGAUGCUGACGGACAGCCAGUUACUCUCUGUCUGACGGAGGCUGUGGCGGUGGGAGACGGAGAUCAGAUGGAGAGCAUGGACACGGUGAGCCUGCAGGCAGUCACUCUGGCAGAUGGCUCCACUGCCUACAUCCAACACGACUCCAAAGCUUCCUUUUCAGAUGGGCAGAUCAUGGAUGGACAGGUGAUCCAGCUGGAGGACGGCUCUGCUGCCUACGUUCAGCACGUGCCGAUGCCUAAAACAGGAGGAGACAGUUUACAGCUUGAAGAUGGACAGGCUGUGCAGUUAGAAGAUGGAACAACAGCAUUUAUUCACACACCCAAAGAGACGUACGACCAGGGCGGCUUGCAGGAGGUGCAGCUUGAGGACGGCAGCACCGCCUACAUCCAGCACACAGUGCACAUGCCUCAACCCAGCACCAUCCUAGCCAUUCAGGCGGACGGGACCAUCGCAGACCUGCAGGCCGAGGCCACAGCCAUCGACCCAGAAACCAUCAGCGUUUUAGAACAGUAUAACACCAAGGUGGAAAGCAUAGAAAACCCUUUGACGUCCUUUGGGAGGGUGGAAGCAGACAAUGAAGUCCACAUGCGGAUUGUACUACAGGGUCAAGAUAACAGGCAGCCAAGAGUAUCGAAUGUUGGAGAGAAGUCUUUCCGCUGUGAAUAUGAAGGCUGUGGGAAACUCUACACAACUGCUCACCAUCUGAAAGUGCACGAACGCUCCCACACCGGAGACAAACCCUAUGUCUGUGAUUUCCGGGGCUGUGGAAAGAAAUUUGCAACAGGGUAUGGACUGAAGAGCCACUCGCGCACACACACGGGGGAAAAGCCAUACAGAUGUCAGGAACUGAACUGCCACAAGUCCUUUAAGACCUCUGGAGACCUCCAAAAACACACCAGGACCCACACAGGUGAGAAGCCAUUUCAAUGUCCAGUUGAAGGCUGCGGGAGGUCGUUUACCACCUCCAACAUCCGCAAAGUUCACAUCCGAACACACACCGGGGAGCGGCCGUACUACUGCUCUGAGCCCAGCUGUGGACGGUCGUUUGCCAGUGCCACCAAUUACAAGAACCACAUGCGGAUUCACACCGGUGAGAAACCGUACGUGUGCACGGUACCUGGCUGUGAAAAGCGCUUCACAGAAUACUCCAGUCUCUACAAACACCAUGUUGUCCACACGCCAUGCAAACCUUACAACUGCAACCACUGUGGGAAAACCUACAAGCAGAUCUCCACUCUGGCCAUGCACAAACGCACAGCACACAACGACACAGAGCCCAUCGAGGAGGAGCAGGAGGCUUACUUUGAGCCUCCAACAGAUGCCAUUGAUGAUCCAAAUGGGAACUACACGCAAACUGUGGUGGAAACGGAUGACUCCAGUUCAGAGCAGACUCCUGUGGAGAGUUCAGAAAUGUCUGGACAGCAGCACGUUGCCUUGGUAACUCAGGAAGAUGGAACACAGCAACAGGUCAGUAUCUCAGAAGCAGACUUGCAAGCCAUGGGUGGAACGAUUACCAUGGUAACCCAAGAAGGCACAACAAUAACCAUCCCCGCCCAUGAGCUGGCAGCUCAAGGCGCCCAUACAGUCACCAUGGUAGCCACUGAUGGAUCUGAUGAACAGGUGGCCAUCAUGACUCCAGACAUGGCUUCUUUCCAAACGGUGGAGGAAGCAAACUACACCCAAGAGCAGGAGGAUCUUCAUCCCGUCACGUUACUGGCCACCUCCAACGGCACCCACAUCGCUGUGCAGCUUACUGAUCAACCUUCCCUGGAGGAAGCCAUUAGAAUAGCAUCAAGAAUACAGCAAGGAGAGUCCCCGGGUCUGGAUGAAUGAUGGACUCUGUGUUGGACAUUUAAUUAGAAUCAAAACCAUUUGAAGUGGUGUUGGAAAAAAAAUCGUUUUUCUCUUUGGUCAUUUUUUUUCAACAGAUUAACUUAGCUUUUACAUGUACAUAGGAUUUUUUGAUAACUGGAGUUUGCCAUGCUGUUUUGUUCCUGAUCCUUAAAGUUAAAGUGAUGCAAAAAAUGUAAAGAAGGAAAGAAACAAGAAUGCUUUAUGUAUAUCGUGCACAUGCAGUGUACAGGUUUUGCUAUUUCCUAAAAAAAAAAAACUUAUAAA